AUGGGGGAGUUCCUCAACACCCAGAUCAGCGCAGAUCAGUUGGAAUUGAAACUCAAGGAGGGCACGGCGUCAGUUCAAGAGGUUUCGUUGAAUGCUGAUGUAAGUUGAUAUUAUUUUUUUGUUUGUUUGAUGUUUAGAAAGCAUGUGGAUAGUCAGUAGAAGACCAAAGACGGCUGAUUGAUUGCUUAUUUUCAGUACAUCAACGAGCUGCUCAAGGAUAUUGGUCUAGUUCGACUAGUUGAAGGGUUUGUGCGCGAGAUUAAAGUCCAAGUUCCAUGGAAGAAUGUGCUCGAAGAGUCGACUACCAUCUACGUCAAAGGCCUUGAUCUGACCUUUUCGCCCCUUAGGAUUGACAAUUUCAAUUCGGAGCUCAUGUCGUCAAUGUUUGGCUCCAUCGUCAGUUCAAUGUCCAGAUCCACCACAGAAAUCAUUCAGGAUGACAUGGAAAGGUAAGACGCCUCUUCAUUGCUUUGAUUCUGUCUUUAGUGAGCUUGGAGUGGACCACUUGGCUUCAAUAAUCGACCAGGUGAUCAGUCGGAUGAAGGUUAUUUUUGAGAAUACCACAAUUCGGCUGGACUCGGAAUCCGACCUCGCCACCGGCCUCGAAUUGCGAAUUGAGCGCAUGGAAUUCGUCGACGAGGUCCUUGAAGCGAGUGAGAAGCAGAAACAGGAUGGUCCGGUCACUGCACAACCCACGAGUCUGUAUACAGUGACGGAUUUGAACAAGCUCCUUCACUUCGAAGGCAUCCAACUUUUCACCGAUAUUUACACAGCUAUGGUAAGAUUGCGGCCCAGUUUUUGGUUGCUAUGGAAAGAAGAAGUCUUAUGGUUUGUAUUUUUCAGCGGCCUUCAUCAGUUGCUUCAAGUGGGGAUUUGAAUUUUGACACCAAAGAUCCGACAGUAUCUACCACUUCGUUGGAUGCCUCCGCUUUUCAAUCCUGUUAUUCACAGUUCACGUCGUCUAGUGCGCGCAAAGAAUCAUCCGUAUCAGGGUCCAAUCAGCUCAAGUAAGCUUUUAAAUUUUGUUUUUGUUCAAGUUUAGGGCUCAAUCUUGGAGUAGACAUCAAUUUUUGAAAGAGUUAUACGAUUUCCCAGAAAGCUUGAUGUUUUUGCUAAAAAUUUUUGCAAAUUUUUGCCUUCAGCUUGCCAACAAACCCCAUCCCCUUCCUUGUCAUUGGUGGUGACAGAAGUACCGUCCGCAUUCGGGUCAACAACACCGCCUUGAAGUCGGAUGGAGCCUUCAACAAGAAGAUGGACGUCGAUUUCCAACUCAUGGGCCACGCUUUUGCGUUUCUGACCCCAUCUCAGAUCAGUUUGAUAUCAGAGCUGCUUUCCAAGCUUACCUCGGCACCUCCACAGGAGCGACCGUCACAUUUGACGGGCGGGAAACCCAUGGGACCAGAGCAUUUUGAGAGACUAAAUGAUCAACUACAAGGUAUGGAUAAGUUAAUAUUUUGGAUUUUAAAGGCUUGUUUUUUGUGGGAUUUUGUAUUAAUUGAGUUUUUGAGAUGUGCAGGGUAUGUGGGAUCGAAAAUUGAAAAAAAUUUGGAGGUGUGUCGGCAUGGCGCAGUCGGUAGUGAGUCGGAUUUUUUAGGUCGCAGGUUCGAUUCCCACCUGAUUUUUUUUUGGUUUUUAUAGGAUAGAUAAUGUGAUUAGAAGAUGCGAAAAACAAAUUUUGGGUUUUUUGUCGUUAAAUUUUACCUUAUUUUAGGCAAUUUCUUCGAUUUUGACUUAUUUUUUUAAAAAUUUUUUAGGCGACGCCAUUGUUGAUCAAAUAAUCCGCGACACUCAUCACACCCCACCAACCGGGACAUUUAUUCAUGGAGGCAAUGCACUCUCACACGCAUUUGAGCAACAGUUUUAUGAAGUAAAAUCGCCCCAAAGAAGCAACAGCGUCGCCGCCACGAACCCGGCCAGAUUUAGCAAUGUCUCGCUGGAUGAACCCUCCCAUCAACGUCAUGGAAGCGGUCAAACAUAUGCGUCCAGGUCCUCUGGAGGCGAUAGCGACUCAUUAACCGACCGGGGAACCCAACGUAAGCAAAAUUUUGAGAUUUUUUGAAAUUCUAGGCCAUUUUGACGAAUUUUUGAAGAAUACUGUGAAAUAUUGAAGUGAAUUUUAAUGAUUUUUGCUUCCAGAUGGCUCAAAUUUGACUCUCGUCGAGAGACGACCGAAUGUGUUUCUCUUUACCUUCAAAGUCCCAUCCUUGGCCAUGAUUAUCACCCAUGAUGACCCACUUUCCAUAGAAUCGAUCAAAAAACUCCGCCAAACGGACCCGCAGGCGGUUGUGAAUCAAGUCAAAGGGCUCAAGGAACGAGCUGAUAACUUUUUUAAAGCCGCCCUACAGCCGAGCCCAUUGAUUGUUACAGGUGAGGGCUAAAACAAUAUAAAAUUUUUUGGCGAAGAAAGUACUUCAAUGGGGUAUGGAGUGACAGAUCGAGACAUAUAUCAAAAAAAUCGCAAAAUUUUUCUGAUUCAGAAUAUGUAAAAAUUAGCUGCCCAAUUUUGGUUUGUAAGGGCGAAAAAACCCUUUGAAUUUUUCUCGCAGCACCACGCAAAUGCCCCUUUUUUACAAUUGGAACUACUAUAAUAUUAAGGUGUAGUAUUAAUCAAAUUUGAUAUUUUAAGGCUUGUCAAGAUGCCAAGGUUUACUUUAGCUCAAAACAAAACUUUUGAAUUGGUAAAAACUUGCUCAAAAAGGCACAACUUACUACAGUUCGGGUCUUUUCUCGCAACACCACCCAAAUGCCUUUUUGACCAAGUUGUUACCAAUUCAAAAGCUUUCUUUUGAGCUAAAGUGAACCCUGGCAUCUUGACAAGCCUUAAAAUAUGAAAUUUGAUUAAUACUACACCUUAAUAUUAUAGUAAUUCCAAUAUAAAAAAGGGGCAUUUGCAUGGCGUUGCGAGAAAAGCUCUGAGGGUUUUUUCGCCCUUACAACCCAAAAUUGGGCAGCUAACUUUUACAUAUUCUGAAUCAGAAAAGUUUUGCGAUUUUUUUGGUGUAUGUCUCGACCUGUAACUCCAUACCCCAUAGAAGUACUUUCCUCGUAAAAAAAUAAUUUUUUUUUGAAAAAUCUUCUAAACCAACAAUGAUGAUAAAAAAUCGUAUUCCAGGCGCUCCAUUGGACCAGCAACGCUCAACGUUCACCUCCCUCUUCCCUCAUGACCACCUGAAAUUACUGUGUCGGUCGGCCAUCUUCAAACUGACAAAUGAGUUUGAUGAGGUCAAAGGAGGCACGUUUGAUCUGCAAUGCAACUUUGGACACAUGGAUCUAAGCGAGUACUUGGCUGAGGGCAGUGUGGUUGGCGCUAAAGAAGCGGUUAAUGUAAGGAUUUUUGAGAUUUCUUUAAAAUUUAGGGGGAAAUUGAGGAUUUUUGGAGAUUUGAAGAAAUUUGUGGGGAAUAGGUGGAGGAAAAAGAGUUUUUGGUGAAGUUUGAAGCAUAAGAAAGAUUUUUUAUAGUGGAUUUUGUCAUUUGGGUUACUGUAAUUUUUGGAAAUUUAAUUUUUUUGUGGAAAAUUGGUGUUUUUGGGUAAUUUUUUGUUUAAAGUUAUAUAAUUUGUUGAUUUUCAGGUGGAUCUCCUCAAUUUUUCCCGCUUCGAAACCUCCGAGCCCUCCGCUUCAAGGCCCUACGCCAACAUCAACCCAACCGCCGAUUCGAACCUGACUUUGAGGGUCACAAAUGCCAUCGAUUCGAAAGAAACGACCAUCUUGAUAGAGGCCAAUAUGGCAGCUUGCCAGUCGGAAAUUGACCCCUCAAUUAUCGAUCGAAUUGCCCUCUUGAUGGUCAAAAGACCUUUUUACACGGACCGGAGCCUCUUGCUGGUCGAUGAGAUACUCCCGCAGAACUCCUCGGUCAACGAACAUUUCCACAGCGGAUUGAGGGAAAAUUUCCUGGAAAGCGAUAUUUUCAGCCAGAAUUUGAGGUAAAUUUAGGGUAGAGAGUGAAGAUUAGGGAAUGUGGAAGGGUGUAAAUGUGAUUUGGAUUUUUAUUGUUUUAGGUGAAGAUUGGGAUUUUUUGAUGAUAGCUUUGAAUUUUGGUUGUUUUUAGGCGAGAAUUGAUGUGAUAUGAGUGCCAAAAAGUAACGAUCGUAUUUUAAAGAUUUUUGGGAACCUUUUUGGAGGGCAUGUUACCUUAUUUUAGGUGAAAAAUAAAAAAUUUUUGAAAUUUUUUGAAAAUUUUGUGGUAUUUUUAAGCGAAUUUUUGAUUUUUUUGAGAUGGAAUAUGUUGGGAAAAGCUGAUCAGACAUUUUUUUUGACUUGCUGUUUUUAAAAAAAAAAUAUUUUUUGCGGUUUUUUAAUGAAAUUUUAAAUUUUUUAAAAGAUUUUGAAGUUUUCCACUUUUUAGCGCCGACAAAAGCCAACUCCAAGUCCGUUUUUACUGCCCAAAAUGGGAAGUGGACCUCCGCAUCCCGGUCGCCGACUACACGGACACCGCUCCACCUGCAUCGAAACGGAAUUUACAUCCCGAAUUUCUGAAGCUCCAACUGGACGAAGCGCGCCUGGAGAUGCCGAAAUUCGACCCCGAAAGUCUCGCAACGAACGCGAUUUUCAACGUCUACGCCGCCUCACUGCAGGGCUCGUUCAUCGGGAACAGCAGCGUCCUGAAUUGCCGGCACGAAGACAUGACCUUCCUCUACGCGAACGGCUUCAAUUCCGACAGUCUGCGCACUCAAAAUGUCCAUAUCAAAGUGACCUUUGACUCGAGGAAUCGCACUCUAGCUCUCAGCAAUAAACCAGAGCCAUUGAUGGCCAAGUCGAUGUACGAAAGCUACUUCCAAAUGGGCGCCGACAACAAGGCGGAAGGCCCCUUCAGCAAGGACGGCAGCUUCUACGAAGGCCAGAAGAUUGUCCGGCCCGGCACCAAUGAAGAGCUCAGGGAGUUUGCUGACAAAGCGAAGCAAUUGGCCAAGGUCAAUGUGGAACUGAACUUACCGCAGCUCAAUCUACACAUACCCUCACAUGAAUUCCUGGAAGUGAUGUACAAUAGAUUUGCGAAUGAUUUUGCGUUAUUCGAACCGAAAGCUAGUGUUUAUAAGGUGAGAGGAGGGCUUUUGGGAGGGUUUGAGGGAGUUCAGGGGAAAAUUGAGAUUUUUAGGAGGAGGAGUGACUAAUGUCAUGGAGAAGAUAAUAAUUUGAAAAGUGGGAGGCUGAUUAGGGUGGAAGCUUGAGGGAAAGGGCCUCCGGGUAGUGGAAGGGCAGGAAACAGCUAAAACCCGGGGUUUGAAGUCAUUGAAAUAUUGUAUUUGAGAUAUGAACCUUGGCCAUGGAUAAGGUAAUAAUUUUAAAAGGGGAGGGUUGAUUGGGGUGAGAUUUUGAAGAAUGUGGCCUUUGGGUAGUGGAACAAUAGAAAACGACAAAAAACGCAGGUUUUGAAGAGUGUAAAAUGUUGUAUUUGAGAUAUGAACCUUGGUCAUGGAUAAGAUAAUAAUUUGAAAAGUAGGUGGUUGAUUGGGGUGAAAAUAUGAGGGAAUGAUCUCUGGGUAGUGGAACAAGAUAAAACAACAAAAAAGAAGAUUUUGAAGUCUGUAAAAUAUUGUUUUUGAGAUCUGAAGCUUGAUCAUGGAUAAGGUAAUAAUUUCAAAAGUAGAAGGUUGAUUGGGGUGAAACUUCGAAGCAAUGACCUCUGCGUAGUGGAAUGGUAUACAACGACAAAAAACUCGGGUUUACAAGUCAGUAAAAUGUUGUAUUUGAGAUCUGAACCUUGGGCAUGGAUAAGAUAAUAAUUUGAAAAGUAGAAGGAAGGAUAAGAAAUAAAGGCAAAUGUAGCGGCAAAAAAGUAAUAUUAAACUGAUCUAAACUUGAAAAUAACAUUUUUUGGGUGUGUUAUUGGUUUAUAUCAAGAAUGAGAUCAAUAGCAAAGUCGUGAUGUAUAUGAAAAGUUAGGUGGUUUAUCGCGUUUGGUUUUCAUCCCUUAUGAAGCUUACGGGUGUAGAAUCUGAUAUGCCUAAAGGCUGAAAGUUGUAGAGAAUAUUAAAAUUGGAAAAUUGAGGUUUUCACAUCAGUUGACCUAGUGCAAUAUAAAAAUUGUCCAAAAAUUGGUCGAAAUCUAUUGCAAUCAAUGAACAAUGUGUUUCAUUGCAGGCCCAAGAACGGAAACGAGCCCAAUCUCACAGCUUCAAGGAAUGCGGGCGCUACGCCGACUUUGGCGCAUCAAAUGGAUCGUCCAAGUCCAACUACAAAGAAGACGAAGACGAAAGCUCCGGCGCCAAAGGGAACCUCUUCACAUUCGGCCUGAAGGCGCAGAAAGCCAAAGCCCUGCUCCAGACGAAGGUCAGGGAUCCGGAGGCGCCGAAAAAAGAACAUCAAGAAUUUGGGGUCCAGUUCGGAUUGGAACUGGCCGAAGCUCAAUUAUUCCUCGUCCAUGGCUUCGAUCAAGACCCAAAUCUGGACUAUAUGUUCAUGACAAGUCAUAAGAGCCAUGUGUACCACCGCAAUCUGAUCGAUGGCACAAAGAGUUUGCAACGGAACGUAAUGGAAGCCAACUUUUGCACGAGAAGAAGCACCGACACGCAUGUGGAGCCGCUUCAGGUAGGGUGGGCUUGAAUUUGACGAAAAUAUCUUUUUGUUCGAUUGGAGGGAGAUUUGAAUGCUUUUUGUCAGCAAAUAAGGAAGAAAUUUUAAUUUGACGAAGUGUCAAUAUGUCAGUAUUGAUUUUUUUUUGAGAAAUUGCAAAGAAUCGUAAAUUUUUAUAUAAUUUGAAUUGAACAUGGUGACAAUGGGAAUUUUGGAGGGCUGGACAAAGUUUUGCAAUUUUUUUUUGGAGUGUGGCGAAGUGUCAAUAUUGAUUUUUUGAUUUUUUUUUUGAAAAAAUGGGGGUUUUUUUGAUAAAAUUUGAAUUGGAGAUGGUGACAAUAGGGAUUUUGAAGUACUAGAAAAAAAAUGUUUUUGGAAUGUUGCGAAGUGCCAAUAUUGAUUUUGAAAAAUUUUUUUUGGAUAAAUGGGGGUUUUUUUGAUAAAAUUUGAAUUGGAGAUGAUGAUAAUAGGAAUUUUGGAAAAAAAAAUUUUUUUUGGGAUGUUGCGAAGUGUCAAUAUUGAUUUUUUGAAAUUUUUUUUCGAAUAAAUGGGUUUUUGAUAUAAUUUGAAUUGAAGAUGGUGACAAUAGGAAUUUCUGAGGACUAGAAAAAAAAUUUGGGAUGUUGCGAAGUGUCAGUAUUGAUUUUUUCCCGAAAAAAAUCCUGAUUUUUGGAGUGUGACCAAUUUUUUAUUACGUGCCAAAUUUUCGUAUUUUACAUUGAAUUAUAAAAUUUGAGUAAUACUGAUACGUAUUUCAGGUCACCGAACCCCUGCAGCCCGAUGAAAACGACUCCUUGGCGGUGGCAUUGAAAAUCCACCAGAUCCCCGAGGACAAUAUCCGCAAAAUCGUGGUCGCAUUCGCCGUCCGCAACUCCACAGUGCGCCUAAGGCCCACCAUAAACCCGAAACAUCACUUCUCUCAACAAUUCACCGACUUUUUUGUCCUCCGAGAUUAUGGGGUGCCCGGAUACGAAUGGCCAAAAGUCUCAAUGGGAAUCCAUCUGAACGUCUCCAAUGUGGUCCUAGCUUACGAUCAUGCCGAUGUGGUGCCGGAAUCACCAAUGAUUUUGAGGUACGAGGGGAUUUUGUGUUGGUUUGGGGAUUUGGAUAUUGUAGUAGGUCGUCCAGAAAGUUCGUACAUUUUUUUCAUUGCUUUGUUUUACAAGGGUUGUUUGUUGUUUGGCAAGGGGAAUAUAGUUAUUUGAUACAGCUUUUUCUCCUCUACAAAACUGUGUAUUUAGUUGGUUUUUUUUUUUUGAAAAUUUAAUUUUUCACUAUUUUUAAUUGUUGCUCCCGGAUGGUUCAUUUCUGAGCCUGAAAAAUAAUGAAAAAUUAGAUUUUCGAAAAAAACUAAAUACACAGUUUUGUAGAGGAGAAAAAGCUGUAUCAAACAAAUAUAUUCCCUUUGCCAAAGAAUAAACAACCCUUGUAAAACAAGGCAAUGAAAAAAAAUGUACGAACUUUCUGGACGACGUAGUAGUAGAUGGCUGAUGAAACAAAAUUUUGUAAAAAAAAUUUUGUUGGAGUAGUUAUGGAGGAGUCAGAGGGUAACAGAAACAGUGUUGGCCAUGAAGAGUGAUUUUGGAUAAUACAGGGUGGGGCAUCUUUGUGGCCCGAUUUGAAUUGGCUAUAACUUCUUUAGCUUUUGGCCAAAUCUUAAAAUUCUUUUUUUCCCUGAAUCCUCUGACAACCCCAUUUUGUUUGGUACCAAAUAUGUUAUACAUAGUAAGUGUAUACCUACAGUUAUUGGAUUUAUUCUUGGAGUUCAUUUUUUCGGUCGUUUUUCGGUUGUUUUUUCGGUCUUUCACGGUGUAUCCGGAAAUGGAGUACGGUGCGGAAGAAAAAUACGGUGGAAUUUCCCCUUCCGAAAAUCGACGAUGAGAAUAAGAACAAAAAGUGAAGAUCAACCUCCAGAGUUCGUCGAAUGGUCCUUGGUGAAGGCAUUCCCUCGGUUCUGGCCAAACUUCGUGUACUCAUAUGCGGAUUUUCUCGGAAUUUUGACAAAACUUCUUCAAUUUUCAACUCCGUUCAUACCCAUCUUUCCUGCUUUUUUUGUUUCCUGUUAACGCUGGCAGUCUCAAGAAACUUAUUCCACGAACGUCGAAUUGUCUUGCGAUCUGGAAGUUGGGCAUUACGUCCGUAUUUCAUGCGGUAUUCCCUUUGAACAUGUAUCGCCGGACCGUACUUUCCGUACCAAACUACAGACCAAGCUUUUUCUUCCGCACCGUACUCCAUUUUCGGACACACCGGGAAAGGCCGAAAAAACAACCGAAAAACGACCAAAAAAUGAACUCCAAGAAUAAAUCCAAUAACUGUAGAUAUACACUCACUAUGUAUAACAUAUUUGGUAUCAUACAAAAUGGGGUUGUCAGAGGAUUCAGGGAAAAAAAGAAUUUUAAGAUUUCGCCAAAAGCUAAAGAAGUUAUAGCCAAUUCAAAUCGGGCCACAAAGAUGCCCCACCCUGUAAAAAUUCAAAAUUUUUUGUUUUUUAGGGUCGGAAUCGGCUCCUGCAAUCUUUCGGCCGCCUUCCUGGAACAGUCGGAAACCCAUCGAUUCGAAGUCCUCCUAGAAAACUCCCACCUCUAUUUGGCCAAGAAACGCCCCACCUUGUCGGGCCCGAAGCGUCUCGGCUUCGAGGAUCAGAAGCGCGUCCAAAGAACGAGGUUUGUCAAACUGGCCCGUCUAGGCCUCCUCAGAUUGGACCUGGUUUAUCAGCCUGGCGGAGAAAUUGAAGCCGACGCACAACCGCAACUCGCUAUUCGUGUCACGAACGAUGAUUUUAUUGUAUGGACCUGCUCCGACACCAUCACGGAACUGGCAAAUAUGGUCACGGAAUUCAUGGAAUCGGUAAGAGGAAGAUUUAAAAAAAUGGUCGAUUGAGAGGGAAGGCGGGGAAAAUUUUAAGUGGUUUGAAUUUUGUGGACAUUAUUAGGAUUGAAGAAGUAAUUUUGAGCGGUUUUUCCGAGGGCGGGGUAAAAAAAAAAUUUUUUUUAAAGAUGGUCCCACCUUGCCAUACCCGAUUUUUUUUGUGGAAAUGGAUGCAAAGUGGUCUGGAAUAGAUGGUAGAUGAUUUUUUCGGGAUUUUUAAGGGUCUUUGAUGUCAUGAUGACUGAUUUUAUAAAAAAAAUUAAAAUUUUUGAAAUUUUUUCAAGUUUUUUGCGGUUCAGAUAGGUUGGAAAUGAUUGUAAACGAUUUUUUUGGCAUUUUUUAAGGGUUUUUGAUGCCGUGAUGACUGAUUUUAUAAAAAAAAAUUAAAAUUUUUGAAAUUUUUUUUUGUUUUUUUUUUCAAGUUUUCACGGUUCAGAUAGGUUGGAAAUGAUUGCAAAUGAAUGUUCAAAACAUUGUGAAUUAAAUUUGCAAACCUUUGUUUCAGGACAUUGGCAAGACUUUGGCCGCGAAACCCCCUCCGCCCGAGCCCAUCCCAGAGGACGAAGAGGACCCCCCAUCCAUCUCUUCGCACGGCUCCAGCCUCCGCUCCAACCCCACUUCAUCGGCCUCCCUUCCGCGCCAGAAACGCGCGUCCGCCUCGUCGCUGUCGGCCCAGUCCGUGCAGAGCGCCGCCUCGAGUCCGGCGAAGAAAAUCACGCCGGAACAGCACGAGAAGCUGGUGGAAUUGAUGGAGUCCGCCAUGGAAGAGGAGAAGACCCCAUUGGCCAGCCGAAUGGAGGGCUAUGAGGCGAAGGAGGAGACGAUUUCCGAGCCAAAAAAGGAAGAAGACCCGAUCCUGGCGGAGAUGGCCUCCGCCAUGCAAGAUUCGGCCCUUGGAGACUGGAAUCAGACGGUUUUCGAUGCACCGGUACAUGACCUCACUCCGGAGUCACCGGUCUUUGAAAAGGUAAGAAUUGGAAGGGGUUUUGGGGGUGAUUUUGAGGGAAAAGGAUAGUUUUUUGAAGAAAUGAGCGAUUUUCGGAAUUUUUUGAAAUUUUAGAUGGUUAUGAGUUAUAUAUAACUUGGAAAUGUGGUGUAGAUUGUGAUUUAUGGGCUAGUCGAUGUAAUAUUUGUUGAUUUGGUUUUUUUUAUUUCCUUUUUUGGGAAAAAUCGAGAUUUUUUUGAAUUUUUUUGACCUGAUGACAAAAAUAAGGUCGUAGAUGAAAAUUAAAUGGCCGGAAUGGGGCAAGAUUUAUAUUUUUGGAAUUGUUGAGGAAUGGCGUUGUAAUUUUAAUAUUGAGUUGUUCGAAGUUUGAGAUUUUUUGGGGGAAAUUUUGAUUUUUUUCCUUUUGAGGUCUGAUGGAUAAAAUAAGGUUGUAGAAUGAGGAGAAAUGAAGUGAAAGUAGAGUAAGCGGUGUUUAUGAAGACUAAAUUUAUUGUGUUUUAACGGUUAGAAAUUUCAGGACGAUGGGCUGAACCUGACGGGCACCUCGACCAAAACUUUCAGCGACGACGAAUUCGUCCUCAUCGACGAAAUUGUGGGCAGCGGGAUCACGAACGCCGCCGGCGACCCCAAAGUCCGCCUCCUCGACGAAGAUUAUGUGAUUGUGGAGGACUUUUUGAGGGUACCCGACCCGGACGAACUGAAUGAAAUGGUCCGUUUACCGCCUUCCAAUCCGCCGCCAUUGAUAAAAUACGAAGUGAAAGACUUUUCGAUCAUGUUUUAUCUGUUCGGUGGCAACGAUUUCGGCGACUCCAUGAACGAACCAAGGACCUACAGUCAGUGGGAAAUGAGAAGAGAUGAUUGCGAGAAACAUGACUCGGAGGGUAAGACUUGACCCCAAAUUGGAUUUUCAGCGAGCUUUGGGAAAUUUGAGAGCAGAAAUAGAGGGAUUGGGGUAUUUUGAGGGGUUUUGUGAAAUUUCAGUGAGAUUUGAUGGCUAAGGAAGGGUUACGGUAGCAGGGAAACACUUGACCCAAAAUUUAAUUUCUCUGAUUUUUAAGCAAAUGUUGGUUGGAAUAGGAACUAGUAAGAUUGGUAGACAGUUUUAUGUGAUUUUUGAUUUUUUGGGUCAUAAAUUUGGGGUAAAAUACGCCGUCUGCAGCUGUAUGUUACGUCUAGUACAAUAUAAAAUUUUCUCCAAUUUUAGGCGGCCCAUUCCGCGAUCACACCGUCUGUGUGAGCGCCAACAUCCACAAGGUCUCAUUCAUCUCGCAGGUCUUCAAUAAGGACUCCCCGAUCUUGUCCUUGAACAUGUUGACCAUCGGCGAUGUGGAGGUCAAAGACCAUUUGUUGGUGUCCGACAUCAACAAACUGUUUUACCAGGUGGGUAGUCGGAGUAUUUAGGGUUAUAAUAGGCCGCAUGACCGAUUUUUUGGGGUUUUUUGGAAAUUUUGGGGAAAAUUUGGGUUACUGUAACUUUUUGAUUUUUUCUACAGUAAGACUUUAAUACGGUGGUUUUUGAUUUUUGAGGUUUUUUGGGACUGAAUAAUGUAUAUUUUUAUUUGCGGAACUUUUGUUUUAAAAAUUUUUUUGUCUUACUGUAACUUUUUUCCAUUUUUUACAGUAAGACUUUAAUACGGUAAUUUUUUAUUUUUGAAGUUUUUUUGGGCCUAAAUAAUGUAUUUUUUUACUUGCUGAACUUUUGUUUUUUUUUAAUUGUUUGUCUUACUGUAACUUUUUUUCCAUUUUCUACAGUAAGACUUUGAUACGGUAAUUUUUUAUUUUUGAGGUUUUUUGGGCCUAUUUUUGUCUUACUGUAACUUUUUACCAUUUUUUUUGCAGUAUGUCAGCCCAUCAAUGCCCCGCCGAAUGGCCCCACUCCUCUCGAUCCGGAUGGUGGAAGACCAAUGUCGAGAAGGGAAACUGAAAAUGUCUCUGCUUCCCAUCCGCCUCAACAUCGAUCAGGACACCCUCGAAUUCAUCCAGGACUUCCUCACCCAAGUCCAACAGUCCAUCCACCACUCACAACCCGACCCCACCACCCAAACCCCCGACCUGGACCUGCCGGUCAUGGAAAUCAGUCCCGAAGUGAAGCCGCGCAGCCUGGAGUCCGAAAUGGCGUCGACGAGAAAGUCCUCCACGGAUUCGUCGAUGAAUCCGUCGAUGAACCGAAGACCUGGAAGUUUUGUGGGCCUUCUCGCCAUGCAGGAUGAGCCUGCGGUCCAAUGGAGAAAACGUCAGGAGUCGGAGGGCCUGAUUGACCUGGACGCAGAUGAUGGAGUCGCGUUAUUGAAGCUGGACGACAAGAAGGCGGAAAAUUUGGGUGAGAAAUGUGGUUAAAUUUCGGAUUAGAGGUCCAAAAAGUGUUUUGAAAAAGUUUUGAGUGGUUUGCAAGGGAUUUAAAAGUGGGACAUUUCGUUAUUGGUUUUUUGGACGAAGUGUCAAAAGUCAAGUUUUUUGAAAUUUUUGUCGAAAAUUAAUACUUUAGUGUAGGUUAGAGGCUAACUUUGAUUUAUUUUUGGAGAUUUUCAAAUGUGACAUUUCGUUAUUGGUUUUUUGGACGAAGUGUCAAACGUCAAGUUUUUUGAAAUUUUUGUCGAAAAUAGCCGUUGUCUGUUGAUUAGAGGGUUAUUUUGCACUAUUUUUGGAGAUUUUGGAAUGUGACAUUUUGUUAUUGGGUUUUUGGACGAAGUGUCAAAAGGGAAAUUUUUUGGGAUUUCAUCGAAAAUAAACGCUUGACUGCUGGUUAGAGGCUAAUUUUCAGCUAUUUUUUAUAUUUAGGAAUGUGACAUUUCGUUAUUGGUUUUUUUGGAAGAAGUGUCAAAAGUCUAAAUACACCCCAAUUUUGAUGAAAACCGAUUUUUUCGUUUCAGAAGACCUCUUCGACGGUUCCCUCAACUUUGACGACGAACCAAUUCCAUCGUCGAGUCAGCCGAUCAUCCCAACAUAUCAGCCCACGAUCAUGGACAUGAGCCUCCGAGACAACCCUCCAAUAUUCAACCUGGGCUCCACAACCGGCGCUCCGUCGACGACUGCGGACUCGGAGGCCACGCAAACGUCGACCAAAGUUUUUGUCCAUACAAGAGACACCUUCUUCAAGUGAGAUUUGAAAGAAUUUGGGGGAAAUUUGGAUGUUUUUGCAAGUUCCAGGGGAUUUUUGGAGCAGCAGAAAUGUUUUUACAGUAUUUUAGAGGUCGAUUUAGCAUUUGGGACAAAAUUAGGGAUUUUAAUUUUUUUUGAUUUUUUGUCGGAAAAAUUUUGAAAUUUUUGAAAAAUUCUCAAAAUUUUUAUUUUUUCAAAAUUUGACUUUUUCAGGGAAUUCACGUUCGAGCCGACCUGUGUGAUCCGUCUGGACUACGUGGGGAAGCGCGUGAAAACCGAUCAAGGCGCGUUUUUGGGAUUUUUAAUCGGAAUGACCAACCUGAAAUGCACCGAAUUGACCUUGAAAGAACUGCGAAACGACCGCGGAAUCCUCGGCUUCAACAAGUGCAUCCAAUACGCGCUGGAUCAAUGGCUCAUCGACAUCAAAACGAACCAGAUCCCGAACGUCGUGGGCAGCUAUCAGCCCAUCAGUUCGCUGGUCCAAAUUGGUAGGUAUUAUAAGAUAAUUUUGCUGAUUGUGGAAGCGGGAAUGGAUGUUUAAGGUCGGGAUUUUGGAUUUUGAGAGUUACUAGGCCUAGGGAAGGCCCUCAAAGGGGAUUUUGGUCGAUUUUUUGAGGUGUCAGGUUUUCGUGGUGGGACCCGCAAUUGAUAAAAAUAUUGAAAUAAGUUAUUUAGAAGGUGCCGAAUUGAUAAAAUUGGGCUUUAGUAAGUAGAGAGUACCCGAGAAAUGUUGAUUUUAGCGGUUUCCAAAAAUUUCAGGUUUUCGUGCUGGGACCCAAAAAUUUUGAAAAUUCCAUAAAAUUCCCGAAUUUUUCCCCCCCGAUGGGUUCUUUGCAUCCCCAAAAAUGACUCCCUUUAUUUCCAGCGAACGGGAUUGCCUACGGCCUCACAUUUUACGAGCUUUUGCUCAGCCCCUUCCCACUAGGAUUCCUGGCCGUAGUUCACGGCGAAGUCCGGUGGGCAGUACUCACCAAAUUAGGCAGUAGGUUUUACUUCAUGUCGGAAUGGUAGCAUAGAGUGCGGUGAGGUGGUAUAUUGUAUGAGAGAAGUGAUUCGUGACAGUAUUUGGAGAUAAUUUUAUUUUUUUCUUUCAGCUCAAGGCAUCCGAGACUUGUUUUACAUCCCGCUGGUCGAGUUCCGCAAGGAAGACGGCCGAAUUGUCCGUGGAAUUCAGCGAGGAGCCACAAGCUUUGGAAUCAGCACGGCGACGGCUGCGAUCGACGCAACUCAACAGGUCUUCAGCGUCAUUCAGGUAGGCAUGGAUAAUAUCGAGAUGGUCGGGGUUUUUGGCUGUUUUUGAAGUGGGGGAUUGCAAUGUGUAUAUGUUUUUGGUAGUAAAUCAAAGAUGAGGUAGUAAGGAGUAAAAUGAGGGGUUGACUUUGUGUGUGGGGUUACCGUAACAUUGAGAUUUUUGGAAUUUUUUCAUGAAAGCCGGAUUUUGGGGGUUUUGGAAAAAAAGUUGGAACUUUUGAUAGAAAUUGAUGGGAAAUUGUUAGAAAAGGGGGUUUAUAAUGAAGUAUGAAGUCUAAAAUUGUAUUUGGGACACUGACGGAUAACUUUUUUAUCGGUUUUUUAGAGAAAAUAUUUAAAAAAUUCGAUUUUCAGGGAGCCGCCGAACUUGCCUUUGAUUUGGUCACCCCCGACCUGCCAUACCGCGACCACCGCCGACCCCAUCAACAAUCAACCCUGACCAGAGGCCGUCAAGUCCCAUCCGACCUCCGCGAAGGCCUCCAUCUCGCCUACGACACGGUCUACGAGGGGGUCCGCGAGACGGCCUUUGAAUUAUCCCAAGCGGCCAAAGAGGACCGCGCCAGAGUCCGGCACAGCACCAGCUCCACCGAAUCGGCCUCCCACAGCCUGUGGGGCUUCAGAGGACUCCUGCGACAGAUGACCCCCACCGCCAUCCGCCCCAUUGUCAUCACUUCGCAGGCGACGGUCCAACUGCUGGCCGGCAUGAAGAAUCAGCUCAAACCCGAAGAUCAUCAAGAAGAACUGGGCAAAUGGCGACAGAGAAACACCAGCCAGAAGCGAAGACGAUAA